AUGCCCGAAUUGUUAAGAGUUGUAUCGGUUUGUCGUUUCGUCGUUCAGACUAACCGCUGUGAUGCGCUUAACAAAAGGCAUAGCGCAAUACAGCCUCUCGUUGAGACCCAGAGCUCAGUCGUCAAUGCCGAAAGGCAAAUUAGGGCCUCGAUUCGAGUCUCGACGCUCAAGUUGUGCAGCAGUCUGGGACACAUUUGCAUCUGCACGGAGAUGGCUUGUCCUCGUGUUGCGUCUCAAGAGUGCCACCCUGUUGGUAUAAGUAGACCCGUCUGGACGAAUAGGCAUUACACGAUCUGCCAGCGAAUAGAUAUCGCCCUCAAUUCUCCGUGGCCAGUUUCAUCAGUAGCUCUAUGGGGUCUUAAGAAAAAUGUAUUCUUGCACACGACCGGAGCCCAUUCCCAAGCGCAAAGUCAUACAAGUAAACCUCUUAGUCUAGGAAAGAUAGUGUAA